CAAAGAAGAUGAGGGCUUUGAUGAAGUUGAAGUGCUCGAGGGAAAUACUUUUGAUUUUGGCGACUUGGAUCGGGUCGAACAAGGAAUGAUUCCGCAGGUUAUUCUAGAUAAGGUUAAGGUGGUUAAUUACAAUAGUGAAGAUGACGAAUGGGAUGAGGCAACAUUAAUAUCAUCGUUAGGAAUGUCAUACAGUCUAUAUGACCUAGAGUUCUGCCACCACGGCAAAACAACCAAUUUCACCAGUUCUUCCGGUUAUAACUAGAAGAACGGCAAGUAGUUCUGCACCAUACACUAGUUUUGGGGCUGACACCCCUUUACUGCCUGUAUAUAAAAGCAAAGCGAUAACUUUCAAUUCAAUAACAAAGAACAUCAUCCUGAAGCACAGCAAUGAAGCUCAUCUCACUCACCGCUAUGAUCAUAUCUGCCGCAGUACUGGUGGCUGCUGGCGGUCCAUGCUACACGCCUGGAUAUUGGGAGUGCGGAAAUCUCAAGGAUUAUAAUGGGGGCAAUGCGUUUUUGUUUUACUGUUCGCCACCUGGUUAUAUCUCAAACAUUCAAGAUUGCAGCUGUGUGAAUUGCUGUUCCAGUCGUUGGUGGGCACACCAGUUGCACAUAAGAGAGCCAUGUUAAUGAUGAGUUACAGCUGUCUCUGGAGAGUGGUACCCGCCAUAGUAGGAGUGAGUUCUGUAGAAAAUAAAU